UUUCCCUUUAAUUUUGUACGCACUGCUGCAUGCUGAAUUUUGCUGCUUAUGUGUUUAAUUAAAAAAACAACAUGAUUUCUAAAGAUAUGGAUAAGAGGUGAGAAUUUUUAGCCACAAAGAAUGACAGAGUCUGCUGACAACAGGCACAUCCACGAUGGUGAGUUGCGUUCCAUCAUGGUCUGCCAGGAUAUCCUCCAGCGUGUUGAAGCUGUGUCAUCAGAAAGCAAUCAUCCACAAUCCUGCGAUUUGAUGGAAUAUUUUCUUAACCUGCAUGAAAGAUAUAAACUCUCCAAAAGUGCUCCAACAUCUUCAGACAAUACUAUAGAAACUAACUGGAAAAUGUCAGGUUUGGAGAGUAUUUGUUUCCAGUCUUCAGGGACCAGCAAACAUAAUGAAGACUUGUCAACUACUUCCAAAAAUUUCAAGUGUCCAAACUGUUAUAUUCAGUUUCAGUCAAAAUUAAAAAUGCAAUUUCAUCUUGCUUUAAAGCACCAGAGUUGUCUGAAGAAAACUCAAGAAAAGGGAGAGGAUAAAGUAUUAUCUUGUAGAGCCUCCUGUCCAUUUUGUGGAAAAACAUUCUUGCAUUCUAAAAGUUUUGACUUUCAUAAACAAAUCUGCUCACAAAAAUUUCUGUUUGGAAAAUCUAGACGGAGAGCAGCACAUUGGGUUAGAUUGAACAAAAAGCCACAUUCAAACAAACUGUACCAGCCUCCAUACAGCUGUACCUGUGGACAAAACUUCCAAUGGAAAAGCUUGUUUUUUCAUCACAAGAGAAAAUGUAAGGUGGGAAAACAAACAAAGCCUUGCAGAUUACCUGGAAAAGAUAAAAACUCUUGCCAUCUGCAAAAGGAGGAAUCAAAGUGUACCAAACCAUUCACUGGAGAUUUUAUGGAUGUGAAAUUAAGUGACAAUCUCUUCACUCAAAACUCUUCACUAUCAAACAAGAUAGAAGUAUUAAGUAAUAGUGAAUGCCUAAACCUACCAAGCAGAGGUCACGAAGGUGAUGAGACAAGCAGAUCAGAAGAAGAUCCAAAUUUAAGUUCAUUUAAAAAUGAUAGUUUGCCUUUGUAUACGCUGGACAAAAGUCUUCCCUAUAUCAGCUGUAAGGAAGAACAACCAGAAUGUGAAGAACUGGACAAAGAAGAGAUAUCUCCGAGAGAUUUACAAGAGAGCAGAGGUUUAACAACAAGCAGUUUGUCAGCCAAUGCUGAUACACUGGUGUUAGUGAAGGAAGAGCAACCAGCAGAUGUAGACUUGCCCAGUGUGCUUACAGAAAAGAAAGGCAGCAGUGUGGAGGAGGAGGCCUGUUCUAUGAAGGAACAGAAAAGCAAUAAAAAAUCUCCAGAUGUGCUGGAUGAAGUUCCCGCUGAUCAGGGAGUAAAAGAGACAUCUGAAAAUUUCUUUAUGGAAGAUGAGGUGGCGGUGGUUGAUUUAUCAAAUAUGAAUGUAUCGAUGAGUAUCUCCAGAGUACAGGAAGAAAAGCGUGUCAAUGCGUCUUGUGAAUUUAAAAAAGAGAGCCAACUUCAUCAUAAUAAGCAAGGCGGAAAUUUUGACAAUUCAUCACCAAGUCAAGUGAAUAGGGAGGACCAAAAUGUGUUGAAUCUCAGCAAGAAAUCAAAUUCCAGAGAGGACAAAUUAGAAAUGCAGAGACAUUAUCAUACAUCUGUACAAAAACAAGUUAAUCAAACAUUUUCACAAUGCCCAAAUUGUCUUGGAUCAUUCAAGUCUCCACAAGAACUUUAUGUUCAUAUCCAAAAUUCGCAGUGUAGAUAUAUAUUUGAUGUACCAAAUACCAAAACUAUUCAACACAGAAUUUGCAGGAUAUGUAACAUGACUUUAGGAAGCUAUCCCGCCUAUGUACAACAUCUGCAGGAAAGACAUGGAAUUCAGGGUGUCUAUCACCUGAAGCCAAAUUCCCAGAUGAGGCCUUGUAAAAUAUGUGGCCAGAAAUUUCUCUCUGAAGCCUAUCUUAGAGAACAUGUGCAAGGAAAGCACAGCAAUAUCAGGAGAUAUGCCUGUACAUGUGGCAAAACAUUUAAGUGGAGGAGUUCCUUUAGUGGACACAGGCGGAGUUGUAGUGGAACAAUUUCCUGCAUCAACAAACCGUUUCCAACUACAAUGUGUAGAUACACUAGGAAAAGGCAAGGGUCGUUCAGUAUUGCCGAUUCAUUGCCAUUGCCUUCUGUCUCCAGACAAGACAGAGAACGGCCAUUACAGCCCAAGCAAAUAGAAAACGACAAUGGAACAGGAAAAAUUCCGGGUGUACAUACCAUCUUAAAUGACCUAAAGGACAAGUUUUUGAAACCAAAUUCUGUUGAUACUUUCACAGAUUCCCAACCCAAAGAUUCAUCCACUUUACAACCAAGAGUGCAUACAGAGGUGGCUCCACUUAAACUAAGUAGCAGAGCCCAAACAAACUCUUUGAAGACGGAUCUCAAUUCACCUGCUACACAGAAAAUUAUUGAAAGUUUGAAACAGCGAACAAAUGUGAAAUGGCCAACCAAUAAAAAUACUUCAAAAUCUGAUUUUCAGUUAAGCCAGCAUAGUUCACAACCUGCUGAAAUACAACACACACCGCAUGAGCCUUCAAAGUCUACAAGCGUUUCCUCUGCUGCAACAAAUGCUGAUUUUGAAUUUCAAAAGGAAACAAAAAAUACAUUACAAACUGAAAGUAACAUUUUCAUGCAAAAUUCAGGAAAUCCAUAUGGAAUGGUAUUUCCCAUCGGAGAUUCAAUGGUCAAUCUGACUCAGUAUCUGCAAUAUCAAAACUCUUUUGGUUUCGGUGCACUUAAUAUGCAGCAGUUGUAUCAUCAAAUGUCAUCGUCACUGUCCAAGAUAUUCUCAUCACAGAGUGUGAAAGCUAAUCCAAAUGAAGAUGAAUUUAAUAGAAAUACACACAAAUCAUCUUGUGAAAACUUCCCAGUGCAGUAUGUCAGCAAGACGCAAAACAAAUCGAUUGACAUGGCAAAACAUAACUUUACAGGUAACCAUGGCGAGGAAAAAUCUGCACAUUCCUCGGCUUCAUUUGCAGGAAGCCCUUAUCCUUGUCCAAAUUGUAAGAUGCUGUUCUCGGACAAGGCAUCAAUGGAAAUGCACGUACUAAAGUGUAAAAAUCGGGCAAUGUCCAUUUAUACUUGCACAAUCUGUGGGAUGAAACUAAGGGGGAAGGCUUCACUGCGGGAACAUACCCUGGGAAAGCACAGCGCUACUCGUUACUCAUGUUCCUGUGGCAUGAAGUUUAAGUGGCGAAGCUCUCUGGGGUCACAUCAGAAGCAUUGUAACAAGUAUAUAUGAGAAAAUGUACUAGUGUUUUUGUUAGAACGAGCUUAUUUCAACAGUUAGUGCCAUAUGCAUCAAUAGUAUUUGUUAGAGGUAGGUUUUAUUUUUUAUGUGUCGAUAUCAAUAAAUUUUAAAGUUUU